GCCAGUGACAUUGAUGGUUGAUGGUCGAUAUGACUCUGCCAGAGGCGCGCAACAUCGCACUGUCACCGCGAUGAAGUACGAGACUCGGCUUGUUGUAGGUGUUCACACUCUCCGUCCGAAGAUUGGAGGCAAGGCAUCGAAUGCGCUUGAGGUGCCAGCCGUCGUGCAACUUUUCCGAGGGCUGAUGGACAAGGGGUUGAAGAUCCGGUGCGUUGUCUCGGAUGAUUGCGCCGCGCUGGGACCGAAGUUGCGAGCUAUGAACAUGGAGUGGCAGAAGGAUUGUCACCACAAAAUAAAAAACAUUCGCAAGCACCUCCAUAGUAUGCUGCAACUGAAGGAAGCGAAGAAAGUGAGCAGCCCGCACGACUGUGUGUCAGAGGCGCAGUUUAUGCAGUUCACGAAGAAGCGGCUAAAGGAGGCGUUGGAGCAGCGUUUCGGACCUGACGUCCUCACACUUGCUGAGGAGCGGCAAAAGAAAUCGGAUUUCGUCGUUGUCGUCAUGCGAAAGAUGUACCCCUACGGAUCGAGGUUGAAUCCUCGAGCGUUGGAGACUGAUCCAGACGGCUUGACAGAGUAUCAUGCGCAUGAGGUUGGGAUGUGGUUCCUCCGCGCUUGCCAGCUGUGCAGGGACGAGGGCAGAGACGCCGACAGUUUACACCGCGACAUCAUGUUGGUCGCCGAUCAUUGGGGUGGUGAUCAUUCAGGAUGUGUCGACGGAAGGGAGGUUCUGUGCGAGAAGGCCGGUGGGCGUGCACGAUUGCCUUUGUAUAACCGCACGGACACGGUCUACGAGCUCGUUCAGCGUGUUCUCGAUAAACAAUGCAACACUAACAUCACGUCGUACUACGUCAAUUUUUGGCACACGUCGGCGGUGGAGACUUUUCAGGGCACCAUCAUUAUCUAUGCGAAGAAGUUGGUGCAUUUCGAGAAGUCUUUCUGUGCACGUUUGUCGAUCGCAGUGAUUUGGUGGAACAGUCACUGCUGGCGCGACCCGGUCGGGAAUGUUGCUCGCAUUGCUGCGGGCACUUCCAAACGUGCGAGACCAGACUUCCGUCGACACUACGGUCACGAGGCGAUCGAUUGUGGAGAGGACAGAUUGGCGGCGUCAGUGUUCGGUUCGGCUCAUGUUUCAGACUGGGCUCGAGAGCUUGUGCGGCAGGAGGUUUGUCCUUAUGGAGAUGGGUCAUUGUCGUGUGAUUUGUUCGUCAACGGUGGGGGCGACCCAGUGGAAGUCGUUGAUGAUGUUGUCUCCAGUUCCGACCAUGAGGCGGUGGGGGAGAACCAUGUUUUCAUCAUCGGUCACGUGGAGGACGAUGUGGAAGAAGAAGAGAAGCUGAAGGAGGUGGAUGAAGAAGAGGAAGGACCGCUACUGCAAAAGAGUAGUGGGCAGCCUAGUAGUAAUACCGGUGGAAACCAGACGAAAAGGAUAUCUGAAUGGGUUGCCAACUUGACUGUGGGAGAAGAGGAAGAGGUUAGUAUGUACAUCCCGCAGGAUCAGCAAGAAGCCGCCAUGAAGGCUUGGGAGGCAGAGAAAGACCCUCUUAAACGCCAAGCGUUGGAAGACGAGAAGAAGAUGGAAUGGAAAUUAGCGGUGAUGAGGGAGAAGAAGAGGAGAAUUGACAAGGCAACGGAGGCGGCAGAGGACUUAGAAGAGGUGAAGAAUAGAGAGGCGCAAUUAGCCGCCCAGCCCGAUCUCCCAAAUCAGAUGCGAGUCAUAGCUCGGAGCAUCGCAUGCCUGGCACGGGUUCAGGCAGACCAAUAUGACUUUAGCAGAAGUCAGGACAUAGCUGUGCGCUCGAUACGAUUGGGCUUUCGAGACUUUGCCCGUGAGCUGGUAGGCGCCGUUGGAGUCGAGGUGGGUCACCGCCUCGACAAGACAGAGCGGUUUUGCGUCGGCGCCAUUGAAGGCGUUAAGGCGGCAGCUCCCAAGGAGGAGGAAGCACGUCCUCCUCGCCGGGAGCCUGUCAAAGUCAAGUUUCCCGAUUCCUACAGCGGGAGGAGGGAAGAAAACUUUGGUAAUUGGGAGGCCAACGUUAAGACCUAUGUGCACUUGCAACAGGUCUCCCUAGAUCAGCAAGUCUUAAUCGCUAUUCACGCGCUGAGAGAAGAGGCCGCCAGUUUUGCAAGGUCCCUAGUUCGCUCUGCUAACUGUAAUGUCGCUCGCAGUGUCAGGGCUUCAGAUAAGGUCCAAACCAUCCAUUCUCAUAAAUGGAAGAGUGCGAGGGCACUCAAGGGUACAAUGGAUGAGUUGGUAGCCGUCCCUGACCAUGGGGUCACCGAGGGUCAGUUGGUCAACCUCUUUUACCGGGCUAUGCCCGAAGCCUUUCGAGGGCAGUUCUUCGCGAAGAGCGAAGACCCUGCCACCACUUACGAUUCCCUUAGUCGUGAGGUGGUGGCUUUUGAAGCAAAGUCAGUGUCCCUGUCUACCUUCUGCCACAAAGAUUUGGACAGGGGUAAGCAAUGGAAAGGCCACACUAUCUCAGGACAGGUAAAGACCAAGGAUAGCCUUGUCCUGACUUUAGAUGAGGGUAGUGUGGAUGAGAUUCCCUACGAUGAGAUUGAGUGGGGAUUAGAGGAGCAGGACAGCGGUGUGGGCCAAGGGAGAUCUUACGCUGCUGUCGCGGCUGGAGGGAGGCCGCAAGGAGGAAGAGGCCAGGGCCAAGGGGGUCGGGCCUCAGGUAGUCGAUUUCAGGGCGAUCAGGGGGUUGGCGGUAGAGGAGGAAACCGCAAAGCGGGAGGCAGGGGUCAAGGUCCCCUGCAAAACCGUCCUUGGAAUAGGGCUCCCUAUAGAAUAGGAGGAUGGCACCCAGGGCUACCUCAGGGUAGGCCUUGGGAAUCUUUGGGUCUGGACCAAGCUUUAUGGCAACAACGAUUGGACCGAGGCCAGUGCAUUUUCUGCAGUGACCCAGCUCAUAUCAUCAAAUAUUGUCCUAAGUAUAGAGAGACCCGAACGGCUGCCCCAGGGCCAAAAGACAGCCGCCGGUAAGGGUAGCAACUGCCCCUACCAUUAGGUCAUGUGGGGAACAUAGCGCUAGCCGACAGGAGACUCCCACACCACAUGUGCCUAUGGCAGAGGUUGCAGGCCGGUGUCUAGAUAGCUGUCCCGAAACUGCUUGUACUAGAGUUUCGCUAGACACCUCCCUCACAGGCGUGGCCGAAGAAUUGAAAGAGAGGAUGCCCGCCUGGGCCAAGAUGAAGAAGGAGAAUAAAGGGCAGCUUAUAUU